AAAAACAAGCUUUGAAUACAAAUGAGCUGACACACAAUGCAUGCCCUCCCUCCCUCUCUCCUUCUCUCUCUCUCUCUCUCUCUCUCUCUCUCCCUCUCGAUUUCUGUCUCUCUCACACACUGAAACACUUUUGCUCCCUCACACACAUGUUCUUCGCUCUCUCCAUCUCCUCUGUGUUGCCUCAUUGGACCAUGCACUGCACAGGAGGUAAUUUCAGCCACUUAAUUCAUUAGGCAUCACUGGUUGUUGGAACAAGCUAAUUAAAAGGAGGCUUAGUGAGAGUGUGUGUGUGAGGAAGAUUCAGAGACUGAGAAGCUGCUGCUGCUGCUGCAGCUGCUGUCGCUGCUGCUGUCGUUGUCUCUCACGCUUUCACUGUGGAUGAGGAAGGACCAGGGGAGAGUGCAGGUAGAAGGAAGAAGAAACCAGCAGAGACGGACAGCUAGGUGGAAAAAAGAUUUUCACACCCCUUUACCAUCCUCUGCUCUGACAUGGCCACCGCAUAGGAAUCUGGUGCCACGGCAACCAUCAGCUUGGGGACGAGGUGUCCGAGGAUAAGGAUACAGCUGAACAGAGGGACAUCCAGAGGAGCAGAGAGGGAGAUGGCAGGGGAGGAGAAGCCUGGUGUGAAGAGCAGCAGUUCCAUCGUCCCCUGCUUCCUCUUUGUGGAGCUGGUGAUCAUGGCUGGGACUGUGCUGCUGGCUUACUACUUUGAGUACACGGACACGUUUCCUGUGCACAUCCAGGGCUUCUUCUGCUACGACAAGACAUUCUCCAAGCCCUACCCGGGUCCGGACGACACCAGCAAGAUCCCCCCUGUGCUCAUCUACUCGCUCGUCACAGCCGUACCUACCCUCACGAUUCUUGUGGGAGAGCUGUGUGCGUUCUUCUUCAAGGCAGAGGGAACCCAGGAAAAGACCAUCGUCACUGCAGACUGCUGCUACUUCAACCCCCUACUGAGACGCAUAAUACGCUUCCUAGGUGUCUAUGCCUUUGGCCUUUUCACCACUACCAUCUUUGCCAAUGCCGGCCAGGUGGUAACGGGAAACCAGACACCUCACUUUCUGUCUGCCUGCCGACCAAACUACACAGCACUAGGAUGCCAGUCCACCAUGCAGUACAUUGCAGAGCGCCGGGCCUGCACAGGAAACCCACUGGUUGUCAUGUCUGCACGUAAAUCCUUCCCGUCCAAGGAUGCAGCACUCAGUGUCUACAGCGCACUGUAUACAGUGAUGUACGUGACUCUGGUGUUUAAGACGAAAGGCACACGGCUGACCAAGCCCACCAUCAGCCUUACCCUGCUCUGUCUGGCCCUGCUGGUAGGUGUGGUAAGAGUGGCUGAGUAUCGCAACCACUGGGCCGAUGUCCUGGCGGGAUUCUUCACCGGGGGGUCCAUCGCAGUGUUUUUGGUGACUUGUGUGAUCAACAACUUUAAGCAGUUGCAGCCGAGUCCUCUUCCACUUCGACCCCAGCGCCCGGAGUCCAUGUUGGGCAUGCCAAUGGUGACAAUGCCCUGUGUGGAGAGUCCACUCGAAAAGUUAAGUGGCCCUCAGACUCCGCGGAGAUCUUCGUUCACCGAGAUCACAUGACCAUCAGCCCUAUCGGUUCCCCACCACCCCCGAUGUCAUCAUACCGUCUCGCUCAAUUUCCAGCGAAGUUUAGACCAGCCGGAGCAGCACUCGCCUCACUGUGCGGCCCAUCCGGCCGGGCGGUACGCAACUCUGCAUCGCUCCUAUUCCACGCAGGUCUAGACUUCCCCUAAUAAACAAACACACCCCUCCCUGUUGCCCUCUAAACCCCCGGGGAACCGAUAGGCAAACUCUUCAAAGACUUUCUGUUUCCGAGACACUCAGCAAAGAGCUGAGCAUUUGGUACAGAGUCAGGUACAUCUAUAUCUUUUGGUUUUUGUAAAUUAUAACUAAAGACUUUGCUGUUCCGUUUUUUGGUAUAAACUCAAUCAUGGGAACAAUGACCACUGAGAAUGUCCUACUUUGUUUUGUUUUUUUUACAACGAUGGAAUUAAGUUUUCUUUUUUCUGAAGAAGGCAAGUGUGGAAAACUAAAAAAUGACAAUGAACUCCAAGCGCACAGCUUUGAUAUCAGGAGUGUGCCAGGAUGGACCAAAAAAAGACCAGUUUGAGGAUCCCUGUACUGCCGAGAUUUAUCUGUAGAAACCUCCUUUUAGCAAAGCCAUAUGCACAAACACACGAACAUGUUUAUACACAUCUGGAGUAUUUUCUUAGUCUUACAUUUAUAACCUGGGGACUUUCUUUACCCAAACCAUAACUUUUUCUGGUCAUAACCUAACCCUAAUCCUAUUCUUAAACUAAGCAGCCCCUCAACCUGACCCUUAAUUUAAUGACCCCAAAAGUUAGCUUGCCAACUGCUGACACAACCAUUGUCCCCAUUUGUUCAGAUGCAAUCCCCAAUAAACCUGUUCAUAAGUUUUUAUUUCUGUCCCUGAAAGUGACUGUAGCCAUAGCCACAUCCUCACACACUACACAGCACACACACACACACACAGACCCUGGAAUCUGAGUGGCAGUUCCCGAGUCAGCUCCACAUGAAGUUUACUCGGAUCAAAGAAUUCAUCUCAGAUCUCUCGGCGGACACACCAGACAAAAGCAAACAGGAUAAAAGUACUGACAUCUUCAAUUUGCUUUCUUCUUCUUCUUUUUUUUUUUCUCUUUCAGGUGGUUGUAGCCUUGCCAACUGAUGUGAAAUACAAACAGAUUUGAUAAGACAAAGCCAAGCUCCAAACUGCAGGUGGCACAACAGUGAGCCAAAUCAUCACCUGCAUCGCAAAUAUUUGUUGUUUUUUUUUGUAUUCUUUUGAGAUGAGAAGCUGUCAUGCAAAUCAUUUCUGUGAUGCCAACAGGCUAUUUAUUUGUUUUGUUUUGAUAUUUUUUUCAAAUUUAGAUAUUAAAAACCAUGAACUGGAUCUUCUCUCAGAAUCUUAGGAAGAUUUGCUAAAGGCCGUCUGAGUUGUGUAAUUAUUGGGAUUAUUAUUUUUUUCCCACAUUUUAUCAAUAGAUUUAUUUAUUAAAAUGUACAUACAAGUAUGGUUGCCAUAAGCGCUCACUGUGGCGUGACAGUUUUGCUGACUUUGAUUUGCACACUCCCUUAAAUUCACAAUUUGUAUUCUCCCGUCUCCUCAUCUUUUUACACUCUCUAAUGAGCUCUCGUCUCCGUGGCAUUGGUACCUCGCCUUUUAUACCAUCACUGUGCUGUGAAAUGUUUCCCUCUGCUGGACGAUACACACACACAUCCACGCACACAGAGAAACAUGCACACAAAAAUAAAGACAGUUUUUUUUAAAGAGCACAUGCCAUUUAAACAUUUUAAAAGCACAUGCAAACACAUCUUUAUCCCCUGACCUUGUUGUUAAAACCUGUUUGUAUGCUAUUGUACAUAGUUUUCUUUUUUAUUCAGCUUGUGAUGUUUACACCUUGUAUUUAUUAUGAUGAACAGUGUUUAUGACGGUGCUGAAUCACUCCAAAACACUGGAUCUGUCCGGCAAUAAAAACAGAAGGCUCAUUCUUUGAGUCAGAGUUCAUGUCUGCUGGACCACAGUUAGAGUUAUUUACUCAUAGUUUCUCUCUGACAUGCUGUGUGUUCAUUGGAUUAUAAACUUAAAGUCAAUUCUGUUUAGAACUCACAAAUAAGCAUAAAAUAUGGAUUUGAAUCACUUCUUUCCUCCUUUGUUGUCACAUACAUUCAUGCUCACACAGCCGGCUGAGGUACCAACGAAGCUGGUUCAAGGUAAGCUAACAAAAACAACAUGAUAGAGCAGAGACUUAUAUGUUAGGUAACUUCUGAGCAGCAAAAUAGCUGGGAACCGGACAUUCACCUGCAUUCCUCAUGUUAACUUGUAGCAUAAAGCAACUUGUUAGAUGCAUUCUGGAUGAUCUGUUUACUGGUGACCAGUGUUAAAUCCAGCCUUUCACACCUGGUGAUAAAACGUGACUCAAUUCCGAACUCUAUAUGCAAAUUAGGACAGAGAAACCAUAUUUUUACUUAGUCAAUGAAAAUUCACCUAAUGCCCUGUUGACAUUGUAAGGAAUCAUCACUGUCCCUUAUGAGAAUUGAAUGGGGCUUCUUGAUUUGCCUUGUUAUAUACAAGGUUGUUAUUACAGUACAUUUGCAUAUGCAGGGAACGACAUGUAAAAUAUUGAACACAUUUUUUUUUUCUAUGACACAGUAUAUACGUAUUAAACUAAUGAAGAAUGUUGAAUGAAUCAGUUAUCUCAGGCCUGAUUCCUCCCCUGGAUAUUAUGGGUGGGCCCUCGAUAUGGCCCAGGACACAGUAGUCUUCAAACUGCCAGACGAGUGUUUACAAAUGGGUCCCAGGCCAGCUCAUGUUUUAAGACUGUCCACUUGUGAUUGGACCACAUGUAAAAGCCCAGUGUAAAUAAAAAGCACAUUGGAGUUG